AGGCGCAGGCAGGCGGCAGUGGGCGAUCCGAUUAAACCGAUCUCAUAAACACGUGAGAAUCUUCGCCUCGUGGUGGCGCUAUUAAACGACGACUGUCUGCUGUGUACUAAAAAGUGGGUGCUACAACUUAGUUGUGUAUUGUAAUGUAACACAGUCGUGACACGAACAGCUCACAGACUCAUCAACCACCAGUGCAAAACGAUGUUCUGGUGAAUCGCAUCUUUGGGUUCCGUCCGCACGGCAGAGGAUGUCUGAGGUCAUGGAGAAGACAUUCUCCUCCGUGUCCGGGUUCAUCAUGAACAGCCUGGGCUCCAGGAACAUGGACGUCUCGCCGGGCUUCCAUAACUUGAUACGGAGCAUCAGAAAGGCCCGCUCAAAAACGGAAGAAGAGAAGGCAAUUCAGAAGGAGCUGGAACUUCUCAAGUUGAAGCUGCAACAGCCUGAUACGACAGUGGCUAAAAUCAAGGAAUACCUGGUCCGGAUCAUGUAUUGUGAGUUACUGGGCUACACCGCGGGCUUCAGUUACAUCAGUGCAAUCAAGCUUGCUCAGCAGGGAUCGCUUGCAACAAAGAGAGUGGGUUAUCUGGCCAUCGGCUUGUUCCUGCACGAGAACCACGAGUUGAUCCUACUGCUCGUCAACACCCUACAGCGAGACCUCAGCAGCACCAACAUGCUGCACAACUGCAUGGCGUUGACCGCCGUCUGCAAGCUGAUUGGCUCAGAGAUGGUCCCAGCUGUCCUCCCGUUGGUUGAAGAGAAACUCAAGCAUCCAAAGGCCCUGGUCAGGAAGAAAGCCGUCCUAGCGCUGCGCGCCUUGUACACCAAAGCCCCUCACAUGCUGCAGAAUCCAGACGCACUCUUCAAGCAGGCGCUGUGCGACCGGGAUUCCGCCGUGACUAACGCGGCUCUGCAUAUCCACAGCGACUUGAUCAAGGAGAACCCUGCCGCAAACAAACAGCUAGUGCGCCCUCUAGUGGCUGUCCUGAGGCAGGUCGCGGAACACAAGUUGUCGUCCGAUUUUGAGUACCACGGUAUCUCGGCUCCUUGGAUGCAGAUCCGACUACUCCGGAUGCUGGCGAGACUGGGUGAAGGAGACGAACACUACAGCAGUUUAAUGUAUGAUCUCCUGGAUGAUGUGAUUCAGCAGACCUCGGCACUGAGCCACAAUAUUGCCUUCGCUGUGCAGUAUGAGUGCCUGAUCACCGUCGCCAGCAUCUAUCCACAGGAACAACUACUGAUCAAGGCCGCUACAUGCAUCAGCAAAUUCCUGAAAUCCUUGAACUAUAACCUGAAAUACAUGGGGAUUUGUGCUUUAAGUGCAAUACUGAAAGUGUUCCCAAGCUGUGCGGAGGAGCACCAGCUGACCGUCAUUGACUGCCUGGACGAUGCCGAUGACACCAUCAAAUUAAAGACUUUGGAUCUCCUGUACCGCAUGACGACCAGUGUCAACGUGGAGGUGAUCACUGAUCGGCUCCUGACGUUCCUGCAAAGUACCAGGGACAAAUUCAUCAGACGGGACCUGCUGUCCAAGAUCGUGCAACUCGCUGACCAAUACCAGCCAUCAAUCCAGUGGUAUCUAGACACUAUAACUCAAGUCCUGCUGAUAGGUGGAGAUCUAGUACCUGAAAAUCUUGCUAAUCAUGUCAUUACGGUACUAAAGAAAGAUAUUAGCAAUGGUGGUGAUAUAGGACAACAUGCACUACAACUCUACCGUCCCCUUCUCAAUCAGACGAACAUAUCCAAUGAUCUUUGGCAGAUAAGCUGUUGGGUUCUUGGGGAGUUUGCCCACCUUCCCUCCGCGCCACCGGCUACAGAGACCAUCGGCAUUCUCUGCUCCCAGCUGGAGCAGCGACGAGAUGACGACAUGAAGAUAUGGCCCAUGGCCGCUCUGACCAAAGCCGUUGCUAGCUGCGCGACCAUCAGCGAAGACGUCGCCAGGGCGAUUGAGGUGGGCCAGAGAGGAUCAUCGACGGAACUCAGACAGAGAGCGUGCGAGUUACAAGAAUUGUGCAAUGAUAUGGAUUUGAUGAAAGAAGUUUACCCCAGACCAGACUCUGCCAAGGAAUUGCAGUUUGACUGGACUUUAUCCUUCCUUGAUGAGUAUGUGUCUGAAGCUCUAGCCCAGGGUGCGGCCCCCUAUAAACCCAGGCAGCAGCGGCAGGCAGAGAGGCAACAGGCAUCCCCAGAGAUGAAACCUAUGUUCUCAGGGCUCAACUUUGUGCCCUACCAAAGCCCAUCCCCUUCGGUCGUGAGUGGCACCACCACCUCCAUCUCUACACCUGAAGGAAGGAUGGAAACAAAAUCCGUCUCUCCAGAACCCUCAAUGAGCUCUGGAGCAUCGGGAAACAGUGCUGAACCACAGAUGGCAGAGAGUUCAACAGGUUUGAAACUGGAUGGUGUCAAGAGAGUCUGGGGCAGUCAGGGUUAUGCCAAGGCGACACCAACUACAAGAUCCCACACUCGGCCUAAAACCAGUGACAGUCAAGUUCCUGUGACUCCGUCUGCUACACCGAGCAGUCCCGCUAGAGUCGUACAGCCAAGUGUACAGUUGAGCACAGCCACGGCCUUAGGGAGGACCACAAGCUCCCAUCCCCCCUCCGUAGACGACCCAUCUGAGGAGGACAGUCGGAAGAAGGAGCUAGCCCAGGCAUUGUUUGGAGGACUGCACAAGUCUAUGACCACCAGCAGCAAGAAACCUAUUGACAGAAAGCCCCAGCCAGCGCCCACAGCAGAAAGAUCUCGCAAAUCACCGGAAAUGCCGCCUACCAACGAAGGCCACCAGGACACAAAGGCAUCGUCAAGUUCAACAGACUUGCUCCUGUUGUCUGACCUCGACAUUCCGUCUUCCGACAGAGACCCUCUUCCGAUUGAACCCUCUGAAACUCGGUAUCGGGAAGAGAAUCCCGACAGGACAGAGAAGCGCCAUGAAGUAGGUGAUAGUAAUUUUGAUGGUCUUCUGGGAUUGACUGAAGAAAAGACAGUGCACAAUAAAAAUGCAAAGCAUGACAGGCAACCCGCCCUAAAUCAAAGUUCGUCAAAUCCAAGUGAGCAACUCCUAGAAGAAGCACCACUUAAGACGAAAGAAGACCAACUCUCAGCAGCUGCAAAUGUAGAGACACAUCUAAGUGGACCUCUGAACAAAGCUGCAGAUAGGACUCAUGAACAACAGCCCAGCAUGUAUGAAGAGUUUAAAGGAAUGGAUCUGAGCAAAGAAUACUCAAGUUUACGGACAGAAGUGGGACAGACCAAUUCCGAUUUGUUGCAAGAUGAGGGGUUGGUUGAUCAUGGAUGUCCUCAUGCAACUGACCCUUGCGGACUUCCGGACACAGUUUAUAGUACGGCUCAUGAACCCAAAGAAGAGAAAACAAACCACCUUGUAGAGAUCCAAGUCCAUGCCGACAAAAAUCUCCCCGACUACUCUGAGGUCAAGUGUAACACAAACUCAGCUGACUCUCCAUCCAGGGAUGAGUCCAGUUUAUCAGUCGGAAAUUCAGACCUCAACCUCUUGGAAACUAGGACAUCCAUUUCUCAAAACCAUCCCACAACUACGCUGUCAUCUCUUGCCCAACCCACCAAAGAGGUUUCAAUUCUGGACUCCAAUCCCGAGGACAUGUCCCUUCAAAGUCCGCCGGAACUCUUACAAAACCCACUGCCAACGGACUGGCAGAACUUUCCAAGAGGCCGAGAAAGAAUUGAACUUUGUAGUGACACUCUGCUCGUUGUCACGCUUUACAAAGUCUGGAAGCCCGAUGCGUUGGGACUUGUCUUCAAUGUCUCAAACAUCAGCCCAAAAGACUCCAUCACCCAGUUAAAAAUUAAAUUGGAUGUUACCUUAAAUUUGAAAGUACAAGACAACCCAAAUCUCUCGCCUCUAUCAGCAGACGACCUAGACCCGACCGCAACCACAAUCCUGACGGCAGAGCUGGGCUGUGUCUCCCCAGCCCCCAGCAUGAGCCUGGGUGGGGAGGUAGCCUACAAAGACCACACUAAAACACACCGUAGAAUGUUCUUUAGUUCACCCAUCCUGGUCAGCGAUUUGUUAAGACCUCUGAAAUUGCAAACAGCCGAAUUCGGGGAGCAGUGGCCGAGGCAAACACGCGACUGUAAAUUCACCGUCGAAGUGGCUGCAACUGUCUCCAUGUCAAAGGUCAUGACCCUACUGACCCAGGAGCUGAACCUCCAUCUUGUUGAAAUAAUCGGUAAUGAGGGUAUUGCCUGCGGCACACUCCUUGGUGGCACUAUUUGUCUCCUGCAUGCCAAGCUGCCAACUAGCAAGUCACUGGAGGUCUGGGUCCGUUCCUCUAGCAGUCUUCUGUCGGAGUCCAUCUCCAAACAGUGCAGGGAAGAUGCCGUGAAGAAACUAUGACGAGUUGUCUUGCAGGAAGAACUCAUUAACCCAUUAGCACCUUUACUACAUUGUACUACAUUGUAUUUAUUCACAGGAGAAUACAUGAAACCAUUGAGUACACUGGUAGUUCGGGGGUAACAGGGGAGUAAUAGGCUGGGCGGUUUUAAGUCGUACCGGCUCUGAAGUUCUGUCAUAAGCCAAUAUGACCCAUCAGGCCGGCAUUUAUCUCCGGUUUCCUUGGCACGAAACCACUGACAAUAUGUCUGUUUCCCCUGGAUGGGAUGCCAGUCCAUCGCAGGUUACUCCCCAGCUAAUACUGGUACCCAUUUGUACUCCUGGGUGGAGAGAGGCAAGUUGAGGUGAAGUGACUUGCCAAGUCCAAGGACACGACAUAUGACCAGCAGCUGGAUUCAAACCCCUGACCCUCUGACCACGAGUCACAAAUGCUAACCACUAGGCCCCACUCCCCAAACUAGGAUUAAUGGGUUAAAACGAAAAACAGUCUUGCCAAAUAAUUAUCAGUGUUGUAGUCGAGUACUUUUUUCCCGAGUACCGAGUACUGCCGAGUACAAGCACAGGUCUCCGGGUA